AUGGCGGCAGGAUCGAAAAUGAGUAUGACUCUGUUGAUAGAUAGCGCAACCAACAGGGUUCUAUUCGCAGAAGCCGGGAAAGAUGUGGCUGAUUUCAUCUUCCAUAUCAUGGGUUUGCCAAUUGGGACCGUCAUUAGGCUUCUGAAAAAGCAGGAGAUUGGGGGUUCCCUAGGAAACAUCUACGACAGCAUCGAGAACCUUAAAGAAACAUACAUUCAACCCAACCAAACCAAAGACAAACUCCUCAAACCCACUUCCCCAAUUGAUCCAACCUUCUCCAAUCCUCUAAUAUUGUCCCUUGAAUCUGAUGAUGAAGAAUUAGUUCCUGAAAAAACAAAGAAGAAGUCGGCGGCUGUGAUGGUUGGUUACAAAUGCAACAACCAUUUUUACUUCUGUGAUGAUCCACGUGGGAUCUGUCCCAAUUGUAGGACUACCAUGUCUGCCAAGAUGACCUACGUUGCUCCUCCUCCACUUCCGGAGCCCAACCAUGUUAAAAACGACGGCGAAUUAAGCGGGUUUGUGAAGGGGGUGGUGACUUAUAUGGUGAUGGAUGACCUCGUGGUCAAGCCCAUGUCCACCAUCUCUAGCAUUGCCCUUCUCAAUAAGCUCAAUGUCAAGGACGUUGGAGCCCUUGAAGAGAAAGAGGUUGAACUAGGCAUUGAUGAGGCAUUGAAUUUGCUGAAGGCAUCCCUGUCGUCAAAGGCAGUUCUUACCACGGUGUUUCUGGGCAAAGGAGUUGACAAGCGUCAAGAUGUUCCGGCGGUUCCCGCUGGAGUUUAA